GAAGCGGUUCACUUUAUUUCUUUACACUCGACCGGAGAGGUCUUCUAUCACGGGGUUUGUCUAAAGGUCAGAGUGGAGUUAAACGGAAGGCACCGGAGAAUAUAAAAAGCAGUAGCCUAGGGAGUGGAAGAAGAGAGGGAGGAAGGAGAAGAAGAAGAUAGGAGCACAGAUUCGGAGUUGUGCAGCGCAUCCUCUUCCGUCUCUCUUCCUGUAAAUAAGAGCGCACCACUGGAUUUCAAAUGCAUUUGGCGGUGCUGCUUGUGUCCGCGCUCUCCGUGUCCGUGACCUUUGCCCUCGACAACGGAGAGAUGCGGGUCCCUCCGAUGGGCUGGUUGGCAUGGGAACGCUUCCGCUGUGACAUCGACUGUGCACACGACCCCAAGAACUGCAUCAGUGAGAAUCUGUUCAUCGACAUGGCGGACCGGCUGUCAGAGGACGGCUGGAGGGAACUUGGCUACGUCUAUGUGAACAUAGACGACUGCUGGUCUUCCAAGAAGAGAGACGAGCAGGGCCGGCUGCAGGCCGACCCUAAACGGUUCCCAGGAGGCAUCCAAAAGCUGGCACGCUACAUGCAUGACAGGGGUCUCAAGCUGGGCCUCUACGGGGACAUGGGCACGCACACCUGCGGGGGGUACCCCGGCACCACGCUGGACAAGAUCGAGCUAGACGCCCAGACCUUGGCCGACUGGGAGGUGGAUAUGUUUAAAUUCGACGGCUGUUACUCGAAUGCCAUAGAGCAAGCGAAGGGUUACCCUCUCAUGUCAAAGGCCUUAAACGCUACGGGCCGUCCCAUUGGCUACUCCUGCAGUUGGCCGGCCUACCAGGGAGGCCUGCCCCCUAAGGUGAACUACACUCAGUUGGGUGAGAUCUGCAACCUGUGGCGUAACUAUGGCGACAUCCAGGACUCCUGGGACAGUGUCCUGAACAUUAUCGACUGGUUCUUUGAGAACCAGGAGGUCCUGGCACAUGCAGCUGGACCUGGAAAGUGGAACGACCCAGAUAUGCUGAUUGCGGGCGACUUCGGCCUCAGCAUGGACCAGUCCCGGUCUCAGAUGGCUCUGUGGGCCAUUAUGGCUGCUCCACUUUUCAUGUCCAAUGACCUGCGCACCAUCAGCAGCGGGGCCCGCAGCAUCCUGCAGAACAAAAUGGUCAUCAGCAUCAACCAGGAUGCCAUGGGCAUCCAGGGAAGGCGCAUUGUAAAGGAGAAGAACAACAUUAAUGUGUUCUGGCGUCCGCUAUCAAACAAUGCAAGUGCGUUGGUAUUCUUCAGUCGUCGUAACGACAUGCCCUACCGCUACCAGACGACCCUCGGAAAACUCAACUACACCGCUGGCAGCUACAUGAUCUAUGACGUCUUCACCGAGAAGACCAUGACGCUGAAAGACUCCACCAGCUUCGUGGUGUCCGUGAACCCCACCGGCGUGGUCAUGUGGCACGUGUCGGCGCCCGCCAAAUGGAACUUUCGGCAUUUCUAUAAAGGUGGCCGACGCCAGGGAUCUGCGUUCGGCAACGAUGGCGAAAACGUCGUUCCUCCCGUCCUCCUCUGAUCGCUCGCUGACGUCGUCGCAUGGUAUCAAACGAUAGUCACAUCACUGCUUCUGCCUCAGUGAAGCGUCAACUUGUGUCUCUUUUUUAAAAGACACUGUCUCAAGGGAGCAGCCAUUUUGCGUCUGCAUAUGUCACUAAUCUGAAAUUGUUGAUCCAUUUCCUCCAAUUCUACACUUGCAGUAUCAAUAUUGAUCGAGUGAAAAUGUCCAAUACAUAGCACGACUCGAUUAAUGUGACAAGCAUUUAGCACCCAAUGUAAGUGUUUCUGUGCUUUAUGAGAGCGGAUGUGAAUGUGUAUCUCUGAGCUGAAGAACUGAUCGUAGAUCAGCACUAAGACUCAGAAGUCUCCGCCGCUCUGCUCUUAUUGAACACUUUUAAGGAAGCAGUCUUAAGCUCUUCCAUAAAGAACAAACAAGGAAAAUAAAGGCAAUUAAUAAUUUUUCUGAAUGUUAAAUAAAAGGGAAUUGGUUUCAGCCUUCGAAGAUCUGGAUGUUCUAUUGCUCAGGACGUUUGUGUUUAAGAAAUGAAGAUUUUAUAAGAAAUGAUUCUGUGAAUUAUGCAUUUGAAAUUUUUACUAAAAUAAAUGAUUUGGUUCCUCAUGAG